AUGGAUGGAUUUGCACUUGCUAGUGGCGUGGGAAGCCUAGUUUUUGCUGGGCUCUGCUAUUCUGUCUACAGAAACAUGAAAGAUGUGGCAAUUCAUUUAAAGGUAUGUGUGUCAUGGCUGAUCAAAUUCGGUUUAGUAUAUUUGACCGGCAUUUAUGAAUGCUUUCGAAACGUCCAUGAUUUAGUAGCAAAGCCAACCAAUUUUCUUUGCACUUGCACUACCCAAAAAAUGGGUUUUAAGUCUAUUUGUUGUUUUUAUUUCAUGUUUUAAUUUGUUGAUACAUGUUGGUCAUUUGGUGCAUGGUGUUGCAGUGAAUGCAGUCUGUUGGUGAUUUAUAAAUACAUUGUCCUAUAUUAGAGGGUAGAGAUCGUUUAUCCUUCAAGAUACAUUAUCUGUUAAACAGCAGUGGCAUGCUGGCUCGUGUUUGUCAGGGAAGGCCACUUCAAAAUGUCCAUUGUUAUAUAACAUUUUGAAACUAUGUGUCGGUGGGGGGGUGUGAGAAGUUUGGUUUCAUUUCAUGGAUUUUUGGUGCCCCCUUUUGCGCUUCCCUAAAAUUCCUCGGCACACCGCUGUUCAACAGAUUAUCUGAGACAAACAAUCCAGAUGAACUAGCUCACAAAACAGCAUGAUCUAUGUGGGAGUGGUUCUUGACACAAAUCGUGACGAUGUAUUCAUAGUUUGUCUAAUAAUCAGUGUAUUUGUGCACCCAGACAGAUCAACUGUCAAAACAUAGUUUGUCACACAGCAGUUUGCUGUGCUUAUUACCAUUUGCAUUUCAAAUGUUACCCCAUGCUGUGAUAACAAGUUUGUUUCCGGGUUUUGCAGCCAACAUUGUGAUCGGACAACUCAUGUUUCACAUGUCAAAAUAUUGACGACAUAAGUGUAACUGAUAACUAUGAGCCCCAACUACUGUGUUAUAGCAAGUCCGAUGUACUUCCAUUAUCCCUUAUUUUGACAUUCUCAACCAACAGAAUGCAGAAAGUCUGGAUGUAGGUAAAGACUUACUGGAGAAGAUCAAGUCGGCGCCCAACCAUACCUUGGACUAUGUUGCAAUACGUGGUGACGCCAAAGCCCUGGAGUCUACAUUAAAAACUGAGAAUGUUCCAUUGGCGAGACUUUUAAUUCACAGGACAACUGUAUAUGAGCAUAAAUCUGAAUGGGUCCGAUCUUCAAAAGUAUGGUAAGUUAGGGCCAAAUUUCAUAUACACAAUACACAAUACACAAUUCUCGAUCUUGGCCCUAACCUUAUCCUUAAUCAGCUCUAAUCCUAACUGUAAUUAGGAUCCUAUUCCUAAUUCAAACCUUAAAUACAAGAAAGUAGGAUGAAUUGCAGCUUAACCUCUGAGUGCAUCAUGGGCAGAUUUACUGGGGGGUUAAACCCCUCAUAUAAUCUCUCUAACCUCUCCUUAUAACAUAAAGUGUUCAACCCCACGAAAAUUUUGCUUCACCCUUCCUAUUUUGUGUGAAAGUCUUUAACCUGCCUAACCCCUGGGGAAGCUCGCUCAGUGGUGCCGCUUGCACCCCACCAGAAAUUUUUCUACCCCUCCUUUAAAAAAAAUGAAAAUCCACCCUUGGAGUGCAUGCCAGCACUCUGUCCUUGAUAAGUAAAAUCGUUAGAUCGUAUUAAACAGAAUAAAAUAUUGUAGGGUGCAGGGUGCAGUUUAAUGGGUUGGUUAUUUUAUUUUCAGGCAUGACACAAAACGUAUGAUCAGUUCAGUUGUUAACCAUGUCUCAUUUUCAUUGAACUCUGCAAACUCAAGUCACCGAGUCAUUGUAGAUGAACCACUUUCCAUGUCAGGCUUGGAGUACAGCAGAAUCUACAAUAAAUACGACCCCUUGAACUCGCUUUCUGUCUCAACUAACAUUGUCCAGUGGGCCAGUGGGGAAAAGACGAAAGGAAUUCAAACAAUUGAAGAUGGUUUACUGGAUGGAACUGCUCUCACGGCCGUUGGAAAAGUCACAUUACGAGGUGGUACACUAAAAAUAAAGCACCCUGAUACCUAUGAGUAUAUUCUAAGUAAAUUACCUUUGGAAGGAAUAAUACGAGAAAAGACUAGGUCUAUUCGACGAUGGAAGUAUGUUACAAUAGGUUUUACAAUUACUGGAGGGGUGCUACUUUUGAUGUGGUUGUAUCGACAGUGGCGACGAAGGUCGCAACAGGUUAUUGGUGGUAAUAGGUUUAUUCCACCUGCACCUCCACCUAUCUUUGAUAAAGGGUUUGACCAGAGCGUGUCGGAGGCAGGCGAGGAACAAUCGUGUGUCAUCUGUUUAACACAGCCUCGGAAUGUGGUCAUUCUAGAUUGUGGACAUAUUUGUGCGUGUAGAGCGUGUGCAACGCAAGUUGAUACAUGUCCUAUUUGUAGAGCAGAAAUUGCACGACUCGUGCCAACCUAUCAGAGUUGA